AUAGUGGGUCAAUCUUUUGUUCUUUUUGACUGUGUUUGAUAGAAAAGGGAGACGCACUCUUCUUUCGGAAUUCUAGUACGGAGGACACUCCUUUCUCCGUUCUUUAUGCCUAAUCGUGAAGUUAGGAGAGAUACGUUUCUAGUGCCGAGAACGCCUCUUUCUCAUAUCUGUAUGCCUGAUAAUCUAGUGAAAGGGAUACGGUUCAAGCACCGAGAGCAUCCCUUUCUAAUAUCCGUCCGGUUGCCUGAACGUUAGAAGAGAAGAGUUUCUAGUUCCCGGUACUGCAACACUUCUUGUCUAUUAGCUUGUGAAGUUGUUAUUUCUUUCGCGGAAAACGCCAAUUUCUGGUAAUGUUAUCUGUAAGAUUGUAAAGUAGUGGCUGUGAAGUCUGUGCCUGAGAAGUCCACUGGUUGAGUUGUUUAAGAGACGAGUAGAAGAUGUUCAAGCUAUUUUUCUAUAUAAAUCUAUGGUUUAUAGUCUACAUAUCUCGUACUUCAGGCUGGUUCUUUCUGUCGGAUAACACCCCGGUUUGCUAUCCUCCGUUCGGAUGUUACAACACGACAUAUCCGUUCAACAAUUCUGCAAACAUAUUACCGCAGUCUCCCGAACGGGUUGGUGUCGGUAUUUAUGUGUUUCAAGACCACCUGCAUUCCGUUCGUUUAGACUGGGACGUUUCUAUCCAAGAGUUAUCUACCUUGAUUGUUCCAGACUUGAAAACGAUUAUUUUGAUUCACGGUUAUCAGGAUAAUGGAAGGACACUGUGGAUAAUGAAGAUGGUCCAGGAAUUAUUUAAUAACAGGGAACCGAUGAAUAUUUUAACACUGGACUGGCGAAGAGGUGCUGAUGUGUUGGUUUACCAUCAGGCUGUAGCCAAUACAAGGAUCGUGGGAGCUCUAGGUGCUGAAGUGAUACGGAAACUGGUGGCCGUUGGGGUCAGUUCUAGGGCUAUACAUUUAAUAGGCCAUAGUCUAGGAGCCCAUAUAGCAGGAUAUAUUGGUACCGAAGUUAAAUAUACCAGCAGAAUAUUCAGAAUAAGCGGUUUAGAUCCAGCUGGUCCAUAUUUUGAAGGAACUCCUCCAGUGGUUCGAUUAGAUGCUACUGAUGCUGUAUUUGUGGAUGUUGCCCACACCAAUACCGAACCACUGCACACAUUAGGUUUAGGUAUAUUAGAACCUGGUGGGACUGUCGACUUUUAUCCUAAUGGUGGUGUGAAUCAGCCGGGGUGUGGCAGUACCUUGUUAGGUAGAAUAUUAAACUUGUUUGAAAAAAGAGAUCUCAAGCAGUCGAUUGGUUGCAGCCAUCUUCGGGCCACAGACUUAUACACGGAAUCCAUCAAUUCAGAAUGUCUAUAUGCUACACACUAUUGUUUAUCGGUACAUAAUAUAUCCGAGUCCAGUUGUCUCCCCUGUACAAAUGUUCACUGUCCGCAAUUUGGCUAUAACUCCGUACAAAACGGUUUCGCCGGUAUAUUUUACUUCAGGACAAAUAGUAGAUCUCCAUUUUGCACACAUCCAUAUUGGAAUCCUUAUUAUUAGACUAACUGUCUUGGCCUUCAUAAAUAAUAAACUGAUUUGUUCCGUAUUGAACAAAGGUAAGGUCGCCUGUCCAACCUCGUGGGUUUUCUCCGGGUCCUCCGGUUUCCUCCCACUGCUAAAGACCACUAUGCGCAAGCGAAUUAUUGAAAUAAAAUUGAACCAUGUGUUAGUCCCGAAAUGACCUAGUUUGUGUCGAGUUGACGUUAAACCCCAGUUCUCUCUCUCUCUCACUCGUUAUGGUUACUACACAAUGUGCCUGAUAUCACCUCCGGUAAAAUAACUUUCAUCGUUUAUCAAUUAUGAAGGCUCGGACUGUAGAUCAAACCGGAGUGGGUUUGGGUGUGGGGGAUGGAAUGGUCUAACGCGUGCACAUUAGAUCAUAAUAACUGUUAUUAAGUCAGGGUGUUUGGUGGCCGAAUGGUUAAUGCCUGAGCGGUUGAUCAUAAGGUCUGUCAUUGACUCAAGUGUCACAGUUUCGACUCCUCGUUUGUACGUGACAAGGAGUAGGGUCGCCUGUCCAGCCUCAUGGUUUUUCUCCAGGUCCUCCGGUUUCUAUUGCUAAAGACCCCUAAGCGCUACGAAUUAUUGAAAUAAAAAUGAAACAUAUGUUAGUCCCGAAACGAUCUAGGGUGUGUCGGUUUGAUAUUAAACCCCAAACAAAAAUAUCAACGCCAAAGUGAGAAAGUCUGGAGAAAGUAUUAUAUAUGUAAUUUGCAUUUAUCUACUGUUUUCUUGCAUUGUUCGAUGCCCGUGGUAACCUGUUCUACUCUCGGGCGAAAGUUCGGGAGGUUUCAUGUCUGUCGUUUACCUGCCAGGCCGACAAGCCAAUGUGAUUCGGAUGUGAGGAAAAUCCGAGGUCCACCCGAGUACAUUAUUGUCAUGCACGUAAAAGAACCUUUGCCAGUUGGGAGAUCGAUGGAGAGUGGGCGAAAACACCACUGCCCUGUGCAAAAUACUUCUACCUUUCAUAACACACGUAACCAUAGAAAUCGUUUGUUUUGUCUGCAUUGUGUUGUGCAGUUAUUGUGUAUUUUUUUUUAUGAAUUAAUAGGGCAAUUACAGAUCUUGAUAUUAUAUUAAAACAUUUAACAUUUAUGGAAACUUUGAUGAAAAUUGUUGGUCUUCCCCUUUAACAAUUGGUGUUCUGAAUGUACAUUUAAUAUAUUCCUUUUAAUUCUUUGGUAUGCCGCUUUGUAAAGGAAAAUAACUGUGAUUAGACAAGCUCUGGCGGUACUAACUGUUUAUACUUUAAAUAAUGUUCUACUUACUAUAUCAGUAUCCUGUCCCAUGUUGUUAAUACUCAGAAUUGUAUUGAUCUGGGGUCUGUUUCACGAAAUUUUAACUAAGAUAAAAUCUAAAUUUUAGUAAUUUGAUCGGAUAAUAUUAGAUUGAUUUUAGUGCUUAGCCAAUCAAUAUUGAAGUAUCUACUAAAAUUUGGAUUUUAUCUUUAGUUAAGAUUUCGAGAAACAGUGCCCUGUUUUAUUGAUUUUAUUAAAAAACACUUCAUAUA